CGCCGCGCGGGCUACUGGUGCGGUCUCGAAUCUCGGUUCGUGCAGUACACUUGGGCCGUGUCUCGUACGACCGAAGGGUCGUCCGCAAAAACAGAGAAAAGAAUGGCGCCACCCGGAAUCGAACCGGGGCUAACACAGAUUAAAUCAACCACAAUGUGUCGUCAUACCACUAGACCAUGGCACCUAUUAGAUGAGAAAUUGAGCUAUUCGUAG